AUGGCAGACCUUGUCAGCAUAAUCUGGAAAGUCAUCUCUGCACUUGCUAUUCUCUACAUCCUUGAAAAAGUACAUGAUUCUGUUACAUAUCGUCUGAAGACUCGGCACUUGAAAUGUGGCGAUCUCGCCAAAUACCCACACAAGGAACCCAUAUGGGGUAUUGAUUUUGUGUUAUCCAUGACCGGCGCGUUCAAAGAGCAUCGAUGGCUUGUCUGGAUGGACGAGACCUGGGCAAAGGUUCACGCAAAAACUUUUCGAGCCCGAUUCUUAGGUAUGCGAAUGGUCUAUUCAUCCGAGAUGGAGAACAUGAAGGCAAUGAGUACCACUCAGUGGCAAGAAUUCAUUCUUGAACCGAUCCGGGUCGAUAAUGGUGCUGCGGCCCCUUUUACCGGUAAAGGUGUCAGUACUGCUGAUGGGGACUUUUGGCAGCAUAGUCGCAAUAUGAUCAAGCCAUACUUUGAUCGAUCGGCUUUUGCUAACGUCGAUCGAUUGCGCCCUUUUACGGAGAAGAUGUUGGCGUGUAUCCCUACUAAUGGGGACGCAGUUGACAUGCAGGUCUUGAUGCGUAGAUGGUUCCUUGACACAUCCACCGAAUUCCUUUUUGGCAGGUCCCGAGACUCCCUCAGUCAUCCUGAACGUGAAGAUGUCAUGUUAGCCAUGGUCAAUAUCAUGCGUGGCGCUCGUGUGCGUCUGACGAUGGGUAAAUUCAUGUUCUUGCAUCGUGAUCCCAGCUGGUACGCAUCAAUCCGACUUGUCCACAAGUUCAUGGAUGAAUACAUCUAUGAAGCUUUCGAAGAGCGGAAACAGCACAAGGAAAAUCCAGAAAAAUUCCUUGGGACAGAAGAGCGUACGGAUUUGUUAUGGGACAUGACGCAACAUAUAGACGAUCCCCGUCUUCUGCGAGACCAGAUCACCGCUGUCUGGGUUCCCAGCAACGAAACUACCAGUAUUCAUGUUUCCAAUGCUCUCUGGGCUCUUGCGAGACAUCGCAAUGUAUGGGAUCGUUUGCAGAAGGAGGUUCAGAGUCUUGGUGAUGACGAGUUGACUUUCUCCAAGCUUCGGGGAAUGCAGUAUAUGAACUGGGUGAUCAACGAAACUCAUCGCCUCAUGCCGAAUGGCAUCCAGAUGAUCCGCAUCGCUGCUAAAGAUACAACCCUCCCCCGCGGCGGGGGCUCCGAUGGCAAGCAGCCUAUUUUUAUCGCCAAAGGGGACAUUGUCCAUUGUAACCGAUAUUUGUUACAUCGUGACCCCGAUUACUGGGGACCAGAUGCCACCGAGUUCAAGCCCGAGCGUUGGGAUGGACUUCGUCCACUGUGGCACUUUGUGCCUUUUGGCGGAGGCCCGCGUAUCUGCCCAGCUCAUAUCUUGGUUGCUACCGAGACCGCAUACGUUUUGACAAUGAUCUGCCGGCGGUAUAAGUCUAUUAGGCCAGGUGACUCUAAGCCUUAUACACCUGUUAUGCGUGUAGGACCAAGUAAUCUGCAUGGGAAUAAGAUCAUCGUGGAACCAUGGUGA